AACGCAACGCAAUCAAUGACAUACAAUACAACACAAGUAAUAGUAUCAAUAAAUAAAAAUGUAUAUAUAAAUGGCGCACAAGUAAUAUCUGAGAGGAGAAGCAUUGGAGCCAUUAACCAAAUUCAAUUGUCACUUUCUGACAGAGACACGGAGAGAGAACUAGAGAGAGAGAGAAUGAGCGGGCAAGGGAAGACAGUGUGCGUGACAGGAGGGUCAGGGUUCAUAGCUUCAUGGCUGGUUAAGGUGUUGCUCCAACGUGGUUACACUGUCCGUGCCUCUGUUCGCGACCCUUCUGAUCCAAAGAAGACGGAACACUUACUUGCACUUGAUGGAGCUAAGGAGAGACUUCACUUGUUUAAAGGAAAUCUACUGGAAGAAGGUUCCUUUGAUUCUAUGGUUAAUGGGUGCGACGGUGUUUUUCAUACAGCAUCUCCAUGUUUUGUUACGACUUCUGAUCCACAGAAAGAAUUGAUUGAUCCAGCAUUAAAAGGAACACUAAAUGUUCUUGGAUCAUGCACCAAAAGCCCAACUGUCAAAAGAGUGGUUUUGACAUCGUCUAUGGCUGCCGUUGAAUGCAUUGGUAGGCCUCGAACUCCUAAUGAGAUAACUGAUGAGACUUGGUUUUCCGACCCAGAGUUCUGCAAGGAAAAUAAGCUUUGGUAUCAACUUUCAAAAACUCUAGCAGAGGAUGCUGCCUGGAAGUUCGCAAAAGAGAAAUGUAUUGACAUGGUUGUAAUAAACCCAUCAAUGGUUAUUGGUCCUCUGUUACAACCAACGCUUAAUGCAAGUUCUGCUGUUAUCUUGGAAUUAAUAAAUGGUUCACAAACAUAUCCAAAUGUUUCCUAUGGAUGGAUUAAUGUUAAAGAUGUUGCAAAUGCACACAUUCAAGCAUAUGAGAUUCCUUCAGCCAGCGGAAGAUAUUGUUUGGUUGAGAGAGUCGCACACUUCUCUGAAGUUGUGAAAAUUCUACAUGAGCUUUAUCCUUCUUUUCAACUUCCAAAAAAGGUUGCGGAUGACAAACCAUAUAUUCUAUUACACCAAGUAUCCAAGGAAAAAGCAAAAACAUUGGGCAUCGACUUCAUUUCCCUCGAGGAGGGCCUCAAGGAAAUCGUUGAAAGCUUAAUAGAGAAGAAUUUUUUUGGGAUGUGAUCCAUUGUAGCUAUAUGGAAGAUUUUGGAAAAACAUGUGAUGGUGAGCCAUAGAGUGUUGACAUAUUUACUUGUCAAUAGAACUAAAAUAAAAGAAAAAAUAAAAUAAAAAUUAAAUGUUGGUGUGUUGGCUUUUAUGAUUUUAUUUAUGUUUGUCAUGUGAGUAGCAGUGGGAGGGGAGUUUGCACUCUCUGAAUCUCUUUCAGUGUAUCUUAUUUUCAUGUAUUUUUAAUUUCAUGUUUUAAUAAUAUUAUCACU